GGUUCAAUAUAAUCCCACCUUUUAUAAGACAUGCUCCUGGCAUAAGUUACUACGACAACAAGUAUUUUAAAACUGUAAAAGAAUUGGAAACCCUUUUACUUGAAUUAAUUCAAAGAAGACGCGCGGAAAUCAAUUUAUUAUCCAACGAUACUUUACUUCCAUCCGACUUUUUAACAUUGCUCCUUACUUCAUUAGGCCGAUCGUUGAAAGAUCAUGAAAUUUUUGGUGUUAUUAGAGACAUUUUCUUGGGUUCCACUGAAACGGUUGCGACUUCUAUGUGUUCAAUAUUUUAUUAUAUAUGCAAAUAUCCUUCUGUAAAAUCUAAAGCACUUUCUGAGAUCAAUGAGAUAUUCGGACAUUCAAUAUCUUUAAAUUCCCUUUACGAAGAUAUAGAAAAAUUAUCGUAUUGUGACGCUUUAAUUAAAGAAGCCCUUCGUUUAAUCACGCCAUUUCCAGUUCUGGUACGAUCAAAUUCUGAGCCUGUAGAAGUUGGUGGAUAUCUAUGGGAAAAAGGACAAAGAUUUGUAUUAUAUUACGAGAGAAUAAAUUGUAAUAAAAAUGAUUGGAUUGAUGCUGAAAUUUUUGAUCCCGAAAGGUUUUUAAAGAAUAAGAAUAGUAAGCGAUCAAUGAAUGCUAAAGAAGCAAAUAAUAAAAAGGCGUUUGCAACAUUUGGUGGUGGUGCUAGAAUUUGUCCGGGAAAGCUCUGGGCGCUAACUGAAAUAAAAGUACUUUUGGUGGCAGCCUUAAUGAAAUAUGACAGAAUUUGUAAAUAA